AUGGAUAGAUGCAGUAAUCAAAAUCAUGAUCCCACCACUGCCACCAGAUGUGUCUUCCUUACGUGGCUAGCAUAUGUCAAUCAUGCUAACUAUAAUCGGCUCCUGAGCAUUUUGGAGCUCCCCGCCCACGAGCAGCCAGUGCGGGCGGCGGCAGGCGUUCCCCUCACACCCCGAUCUUUUCGCCCUCCCGUCACCACCGCCUUCCCGUCACCACCGCCUUCCCGUCAUCACCGCCCUCCCGUCACCACCGCCCUCCCGUCACCACCGCCCUCCCGUCACCACCGCCUUCCCGUCACCACCGCCCUCCCGUCACCACCGCCCUCCCGUCACCACCGCCUUCCCGUCACCACCGCCCUCCCGUCACCACCGCCUUCCCGUCAUCACCGCCCUCCCGUCACCACCGCCUUCCCGUCAUCACCGCCUUCCCGUCACCACCGCCCUCCCGUCAUCACCGCCCUCCUGUCACCACCGCCCUCCCGUCACCACCGUCCUCCCGUCACCACCGCCCUCCCGUCACCACCGCCCUCCCGUCACCACCGCCUUCCCGUCAUCACCGCCUUCCCGUCACCACCGCCCUCCCGUCACCACCGCCUUCCCGUCACCACCGCCCUCCCGUCACCACCGCCCUCCCGUCACCACCGCCCUCCCGUCACCACCGCCUUCCCGUCAUCACCGCCUUCCCAUCACCACCGCCCUCCCGUCACCACCGCCUUCCCGUCAUCACCGCCCUCCCGUCACCACCGCCUUCCCGUCAUCACCGCCUUCCCGUCACCACCGCCCUCCCGUCACCACCGCCACCACCGCCCUCCCGUCACCACCGCCCUCCCGUCACCACCGCCUUCCCGUCACCACCGCCCUCCCGUCACCACCGCCUUCCCGUCAUCACCGCCCUCCCGUCAUCACCGCCCUCCCGUCACCACCGCCCUCCCGUCACCACCGCCCUCCCGUCAUCACCGCCCUCCCGUCACCACCGCCUUCCCGUCACCACCGCCCUCCCGUCACCACCGCCUUCCCGUCAUCACCGCCCUCCCGUCAUCACCGCCCUCCCGUCACCACCGCCCUCCCGUCACCACCGUCCUCCCGUCACCACCGCCCUCCCUUCACCACCGCCCUCCCUUCACCACCGUCCUCCCGUCACCACCGCCCUCCCGUCACCACCGCCCUCCCGUCACCACCGUCCUCCCGUCACCACCGCCUCCCGUCACCACCGCCCUCCCGUCACCACCGCCCUCUCGUCACCACCGCCCUCCCGUCAUCACCGCCUCAGCAGCGCCCAAGCCCUCGGGAGCCGGCACGGAAGACGCCCUCAGGUGCGCCCCGUCGAUGAAGAGCCCUAAUAUCUCGCGAUAUUUGGGAUCGGAUCUCGAGGACACAUGCGCUUCGCCAAUCAGAUUCCAUUACGACUUCUUCCAACUCUUUUGUUGCCAUUUCAAGGCGAAGUCAGACAUUUUUGUCACAUUCUAUGGCUUCGAGAGAGAAAAAUUGGGGUGA